AUGUUUCUGGGUUUUCUUUAUGAGUUUGCUUUUUAUAUUUUCAGGUUAUGUUUGAGAAAUAUGGCUUUGCAGGUGUAUACAUUGCAAUUCAGGCAGUAUUGACAUUAUAUGCUCAAGGUUUACUAACAGGGGUGGUUGUAGACUCCGGGGAUGGAGUAACACACAUCUGUCCUGUGUAUGAAGGAUUCGCCCUGCCUCAUUUAACCCGUAGAUUAGAUAUCGCUGGUCGAGAUAUCACUAGAUAUCUAAUUAAGUUGCUAUUAUUACGUGGCUAUGCAUUCAACCAUUCUGCUGAAUUUGAAACUGUUCGAAUGAUGAAAGAGAAGUUAUGUUAUGUUGGAUAUGAUAUUGAACAAGAGCAAAAAUUAGCUUUGGAAACAACUGUGCUAGUCGAAUCUUACACAUUACCAGAUGGUAGGGUAAUACGGGUUGGAGGUGAGAGAUUUGGUGCUCCUGAGGCCUUAUUCCAGCCCCAUCUUAUCAACGUGGAUGGCGUGGGAGUGGCUGAACUUCUCUUCAAUACAAUCCAGGCAGCUGACAUGGAUACGCGACCAGAGUUUUAUAAACACAUCGUCUUAUCAGGGGGCUCCACCAUGUAUCCAGGACUGCCCAGUCGACUAGAGAGGGAAAUUAAACAGCUUUAUUUAGAGAGGGUCCUGAAAGGGGAUACCACUAGGCUGUCUAAAUUCAAAAUCAGGAUAGAAGAUCCUCCAAGAAGAAAGCACAUGGUGUUCCUUGGGGGCGCUGUCUUAGCUGAUAUUAUGAAGGACAAGGAGAGUUUCUGGAUGACGAGACAAGAGUACGAAGAAAAAGGAAUCCGAGUGCUGGAUAAACUGUUAGCAGGACCACAGUGAUAAAUCUAACACUAGUACCUAACCAAAUUCCAUUCCACAGCACACAGUCUCAUGGCUACCAUCCUCAUUUAGGGAUUCAUUUUAAUGUCUGAGAAAUAAGGGUAGAUGUUCAGGGGUUUAAUUUGAUAUUUCAGAUUUUCUGUAAACAUUUUUAAGCAGAAAUUUUAACUUGUAUGAUUUUCUCUGACAUGAAAAAUAGACGUAUCUUUAAUGAUCUAGCUCCUUUUAUAAAGGUAAUGGAUAUAAUGUAAAAAUUGACAAAAAAUGUCUAUUGUUUUUGGAUAUAUAAAUUGCUAAACUUAUAAUGAUAUGUAUUUUUGUUGGCUUAAAUGUCAUUAAAAAUUUAUGCAAUAAUUGUCAGAAAUAAAUUUCAUUAACUCUAUGAAUGUAUUAAUUAUCAUGGUGCCUUUAUGGUUUGGAUAAAAGAAUGGGUGCAUUAAUCAUGUGAUAUGAGAAGUGGCGUAAAUAUGCGUAAGUUGUGGACAGCAAUCAUUAUAUUUGUACAGAAUGAACAAAUCCUAAGUAGGGUGCUAUCUACUCUACAUAUUAUGUUUUAUUUAUAUACUGAUGGUCAGUCUAUAUCUAUCUUUUUCUGUGUAUUAUAAUACGAUUUAUCAUGGAUAUAGAAGAUUUCAAAGUAUUUGAAUGUACACUUGAAGCAGAUUAAAUUUUAUCAAUUAUGUAAAACAUAUUCUAUGUAAAUCUAUAAAGUGUACAUUUUCUUUUUGUUUUAUUUUUUUUUCAAUACCAUGUCUAAAAAUUGAUAUAAACAUUUUAUAAAGGUCACAUUUUUUGUUACAUUUACUGAUGCAACACAGCAAAUGUAUGAAAAAACAAUUUGUAAUAAUUAUUACAAAACAGAAUAAUAUUUACAAUGUUUUGUCUCAUCAGAGUCUUUGAGUUGAUAAACAUUGGUGCAUGGUUUUACUGUAUCAUGCAGCAUAGUCAGUGAAUCCAACAUUGCUAGAAAUUUUAGAUUAACCUAUUAACAUUGUAUUACAUUUGCUAGAAAUAUUUUAUAUUUCAAUGACAUGUAUGUUCCAGUCAGUGUCAAAAUGAGUGAAUUCCAAAGCAGAUGUUUUAGUACCUUGAUAAUAGCAAUAUUUAAAAAGAGACAUAUAUAAAUGUAAAAAAGGUCAAAUAUUAUUCAACAAAUUUUUAAUAAACUUAAAAAAUGAA